CAAACGGCCUCUAGAUAUCUGAACCACAUGGAGGACAGCAGCCCAUGCAAUGGCCUCAUGGUGAGAACCCUUCGGGCCUCGGAGGCAGAGAGGAGAGAGCUAUGUGUGCCCUUCUCUACCCAUUUCCCCCUCUUCCUCCUCUGCCCUCUUUCCGGUCGUCUUUACCCCUACCCUCCUCUUCAUCAUCUCCGCGGACCAAGCCUUGCGCCACGACGGCCCUCAAGCUCCGGUCUCUUCCUCUGAGUCAAUCCAUCACUCGGAGCCUCCCCCACCACCAGCACCAUGCGGAUUCCGACGACUUUCUGGCCGCUCAUUACUGCACUCUGCUGCAGCGCUCCAUCGCCACCAAAGAUAUCCGAAGAGGCAAAUCCUUGCACGCCGUCGUCCUCAAAACGCUUCUCCACGACCACCAACUUCUCGCCAAUAACCUCAUCACCCUGUAUACUAAGCUCGGGUAUCUGCCUUACGCCGUCGCCGUCUUUAAGUCAAUGGCCUCCCCUAAUCUCGUCUCUUGGACGGCCAUGGUUUGUGGGUAUGCUAAUUUUGGCAAGCCAAAGGCAGCUGUCAACAUUUUCUUUCGGAUGAGGGACGCUGGAAUGGAGCCGAACGAGUUCGGCUUCCUGGGCGUCUUGAUCGCUUGUGGGCGGUUGGUGGCCUUAAGACUUGCAUUGCAGAUUCAUGGUUUGGUGUUAAAGCUGGGGUACAUGUCUUCCAUCCAUGUGUCCAACGCGUUGAUGGCGGUGUAUGUGAAAUGUGGGGGAUUGGACAGUGCUGACCAAGUGUUCGACGAAAUGCCUCGCAGAGAUGCUGUGUCCUACAAUACUGUGAUUUCGAGUUGGGGAUGUGAUUUUCAAAGCAUGAAAGCGUUCGAGAUAUUGGGGGAGAUGCGGGAUAGGGGUUCCCGGCCUGACCAGUAUACUCUCUCUAGCGUUAUCUCGGCUGCUGCCCGUGAGUCUGCUAUUGAGGAAGGGAAGCAGCUACAUGCCUACGCUCUUAGAGCGGGAUUCGAAGCGAAUGUGGCUGUGAAUAAUGCCUUGAUCAGCUUCUAUACUAAAUGUUGUGGCAUUGAAGAUUUGGAAAAUCUAUUCAGAAUGAUGCUUAUCCGUGAUGUGGUUUCUUGGACAGGGAUGAUUACUGGCUAUGCCCAGCAUGGUUUGAUUAAGUUAGCUGCUCGUAUGUUUGAUGAGAUGCCGGAAAGAAAUGCUGUUUCUUACAGUGCUCUGCUGGCUGGUUUCGUGCAGAAUGGAGAAGGUUCGGAAGCUGUUCAGUUGUUUGUAGAAAUGCUUGAGAAUGGUAUAGGUUUGUCAACUUUCACCUUAACGAGUGCUGUGAAUGCUUGCUCGUUAGUAUCAGGAUGUGCGGAGGGCCAGCAGAUCCAUGCGUUCGCCUGGAAAACUGGAUUCUGGACGGAUUCGUACGUUGAAGGGUCAUUGAUUGAUAUGUAUGCAAAGUGCGGACGAAUAGAAGAUGCAAGGAAGCUAUUUGAUAAUAUGCCUGAACCAAAUUCGAUUGAAUGGGCGUCAAUAAUUUCGGGUUAUUCUCGAAAUGGUUUGCCUGAUGCUGCUCUUUUCCAAUUUUUGAAGACAAUGGAGGAGGGUAAUAUAUAUGUGGAUCGGUAUGUGAUUUCUGCAAUUCUUGGUGCAUGUGGGGCUUUAGGAUUUCAGGAGAUGGGGAACCAACUACAUGCUUAUGCCAUCACAAGCGGUUUACUUGCUGAUGUUUCAGUUGGUAAUUCUGUUCUUAGCAUGUACUCCAAAUGUGGUUUUAUUGACUUGGCAAAGAGGGUAUUUGGUCUCAUGCCUGAGCAUGAUGUCGUGUCAUGGAAUGCUCUGAUCAUGGGCUACAAUCUUCAUCGAUUAGGUGAUAUGGCAUUGGAUGUCUUCACAGAAAUGGAAAUCUCAGGAGUCAAGCCAGAUGGUAUUACAUUCAUCGCUGCACUUUCAGCUUGCAGAUAUACCAGCUCCGAUGCUGCCAAUAGAUGCCGAAGAUUGUUUGAUGUAAUGAGUGCUCAGUAUGGCAUUAAGCCCCAUGAUGAGCAUUAUGCCUGUGUGGUUGAUGUAUUGGGCCAUGCAGGUCGUUUCCAGGAAGCAGAGGAGUUUAUCAACCAGAUACCAGAUAGGCCAGGUGCGCCUGUUUGGCGAACUUUGCUUGAUAGCGCUGGUGUUCAUCGCAACCUUAGAAUCGGAAAAUUAGCUUCACAGCAUCUACUUGGAAUGCAGCCGCAAAGCCCUGCUACGUAUGUACUGGUGUCUAAUCUUUAUUCUGCUUCUGGUAGAUGGGAUUGUUCCGAAAAGGUUAAAGAGGAGAUGAGAAAGAAAGGAAUGCGAAAGCAUCCUGCUAGAAGCUGGACGAUUAUCGGGAACAAGAUACAUUCUUUUUAUGCUAGAGAUAGAACACAUUUGCAGGCAAAGGAUAUUUAUAGUGGACUAGAGAUAUUGAUCGUCGAAUGCAGAAAGGCUGGCUAUGUCCCUGACACGAGCUUUGUUCUUCAUGAAGUAGAGGAAUAUCAGAAGGAGAAUUUUCUGUAUUAUCACAGCUCGAAGCUGGCCUUGACCUACGGUCUUCUAAUGACAAAGCCAGGGAAGCCUGUUCAGGUGGUGAAGAAUGUUCAUCUUUGUGGCGACUGCCAUGAGUUCAUGAAGUAUGUAUCCGAGGUGGCACAAAGGGAUAUAUCUAUGAGGGACUCGACAGGUUUUCACUAUUUCAAUGGUGGCAGGUGUUCGUGCAAAGAUUGUUGGUGAUGUCGCGUUCUUGUAUAUAAUCUACCUAAGAAAUCUGACAUCGACCAAAGUACAGCAAGAUGCUUAGACAAGACUCCACACACCCAAGCUAAGUGGGCUGACUUAAAGCCUCCAAGCUAUCUAAGCUCUAAAGCGUGCGUCCUCCCCUUUGACCGAAACAGUCACCUGGCUAAGUGAGCUAGCUAAAAGUCUCCAGGUCAUCUUUUUUUCAUCCUUUGGUUUAAAGAAUGCAGCAGGAGGCGCAUGGAAGGUUGUUACUUGGAAGGGAAAUAGAAUGAUAUGGAAAACAUGCAUAUAUUGGCAACCUGACUAUUCAAGAAGAGACGAUUAUCUUGGUCAUGCUCGAAGAAAAGCCGACUGUAUGUUUCCCCCCGCCCUACAAGUAUCUGAAAUGCUGUAUAUUCCUUUUCAGCUGAACGUAGGUUGGAACUGCAUAGAAAUGUGAAAAGCAGUAGUUCCAUCGGUUUACGGAAUCAAAAUUAUAUUUAUUUAA